GUUAUCACCGGGAGAGCUGCAGGGUUCUGCUUAAGGAGGACUUCGGCGCGAUGACAGCCUCCAAGGAUCCCAGCAAGAAGAAAGCAAAAGAGUCUCAGCAGCAGGAUGAGGACUUUGUGGAUGUCAGCCCCCCGCAGAGGAACUGGAAGGGCAUCGCCAUCUCGCUUUUGGUGAUUGCGGCCGUCUGCUCGCUCAUCACCAUGUCCGUGGUGGUCCUCACGCCUGCUGAACUCCCAGCCAGCAGCAAGUCCGCGCUGACGGUGGAGGAUCUGUACUCGUCAGAGUUCAGCGUGCACAGCCCCGAAGCCACAUGGAUCAGCGAUUCAGCGGUGGUGUACAGGAACCGAGACGGCCAUGUUGUCAAGUUUGAUUUCACCUUCAACCAGACGGAAGUCCUUCUCAACAAUACCACCUUUGUGGCGUUCAAAGUGGCAAAGUACUGGCUCUCUGCAGACCUUCAAUAUGCACUCUUUGCUUAUGAUGUCAAACAGGUGUACAGAUAUUCCUACCAGGCGUCAUACAUUGUUUACAACAUAUACACAAGGGAGGUUUGGGAGCUGAACCCUCCGGAAGUUCCCAAUGCGGUGCUGCAGCAUGCAGCCUGGGGACGACAAGGACAACAACUGAUAUACAUCUUUGAGAAUAACAUCUACUACCAGUCUGAUGUGCGGAGCAGCUCCCUGAGGAUCACUUCAUCCGGCAUGGAGGGUGUCAUCUUCAACGGGCUGGCGGACUGGCUGUAUGAAGAGGAGAUUCUACACUCGCACUUGGCUCACUGGUGGUCACCGGAUGGGGACAAACUGGCGUUCCUCACCAUCAACGACACACUGGUGCCCAACAUGGCCCUGGCCCAGUUCACUGGUAGCACCUACCCCCGUGGACUCCAGUACCCUUAUCCAAUGGCCGGCCAGACAAACCCCGUGGCUAAAUUAUCGGUGGUCAAUCUCUUCGGAGUAACACACACUGUGGAGCUGCAGCCCCCAGAUCAACUCAGGCUGAGGGACUUCUAUGUCACCAUGGUGAAGUGGAUCAGCGACACUCAGCUGGCCGUGCGGUGGCUCGCUCGGCCCCAGAAUGCAUCACUGCUGACAGUGUGCGACGCAGCCAUAGGAGCCUGCUUUGUGAGAUGCGAGGACUCCUCUGAUAAAUGGAUCUCCAGGCCGGACCAGGAGCCUCUGUUUUCUGAGGACACAAGCAAGUUUUUCCUCACUGUGCCCGUGAGGCAAGGAGGUCAGGGUGACUUCCACCACAUCACCUUGUUCACCAAACAGGACGAGAUCCGCCACAUAACGUCAGGCGACUGGGAGGUGACGCGCAUUGUGUCUUACGAUGAAAACAAGCAGGUCAUAUACUUCCUGAGCACAGAAGUUUCUGCACAAACAAGACAUCUAUACAGCGUGUCCACGGUCGGCCCGUUUCCACGGCGAUGUCUAACGUGUGGGCUAAGGGAUGGGUGCACGUUCUUCGAGGCCAACAUCAGCCCUGACGCAGAGCGCGCCGUCCUGCGCUGCAAAGGUCCGGGAGUUCCAUCUGUACUGCUUCUAAGUUUGGAAGAGGUGGAUUCCUAUUUCAUCCUGGAGAAUAAUCGUCCUCUGUGGUUGAUGCUGGCCACCAAAAGGACAGUCCAGACCCAAAUGCACACCGUCCAUCAUAGCAACUUGGCGCUGCCUCUGAAGCUCAUCCUUCCUCUUGACUUCUCCGAGUCCUUCCUCUAUGGCCUCCUGCUCAUCGCCGGAAGCUCUCCUGGCGAUCAGACGGUCACAGAGGAGUUUAAACUGGACUGGGACUGGGUGCUGGUUGGCGAGGGACAAGUAGUGGUUGCCAGACUCGACGGUCGGGGAUCACGAUUCAGAGGUCAAAAGAUGUUGCAGCAGCUCCAUCAGAACGUUGGCCAAGUGGACGUGGAGGACCAGAUAGCAGCUCUGGAGUACUUAAUGAAGCUGCCCUUCAUCGAUCCCACUCGGGUUGGAGUUUUUGGAGAGGACUAUGGCGGCUACCUGACGCUAAUGCUGCUGAAGUCCACAGAACGGAUAAUCCGAUGCGCUGCGGCUCAGGCUCCUGUUGUCGACUGGACCUUGUAUGCUUCUGCAUUCUCAGAGCGCUACUUUGGUUUGCCUUCCACAGAGGACAACAUAUAUCAAAUGUCCAAAGUCCUCCCUGAAAUGAAAGGUGUGCAGGGAGGAACUCUGUUUCUCGCCCAUGGGACCGCCGACGCAAACGUUAACUUCCAGCACUCGGCAGAGCUCAUCAAGCACUUGAUCCGGGUGGGAGCCAACUACACGAUGCAGAUCUACCCCGACGAAGGCCACUUCCUGUCGAGGCACAGCCGGAGUCAACUGAUGCACUCUUUGAUUGGUUACUUCAGGGGAUGUCUCCUGGAGGCCUCGUCGUUACUGGACCGCCACGCCGAGGACGAGUGAGGGGUCGGCGGGGAGUUAACGCCACAGGAAAUGAGCGCGUGUUUACAUGUAGCCUAAUAUUUGGUCGACAAGUGGAUGACUUCAAAGAUCAGGUUGUGUUUUGUUUUUUUUGCUUUAAGUUCUUAGAUGCGUCCUCGUGUGCAGACUAAGACCGAAUCAUUUCUGUCAUUGCCGGACAUGAGACAAAGUGUUGCCGGAGGCUUGAAGCCAUCUUAGAGCUGUGCACUGACUGUAGAUUCCUGCCUGUCACUCAGGCUUUUUAGUUUUUACUUGGUGUCAGUAUUUCUGUUGUUUGUAUACCGUAGGUCUGGAUUAGUUUUGGCCUCAUCUCUCGGGUGAAGAACGCACCACGAUGGCUUUUCCUCGGCGUGCUACCUGGUGGUUGUUUGAGCACACUGCAGCUUGUCCUGGAUAUAUUACCCACUCCUUAGGCCCCUUCUGCACUAAGCCUGCUAAGGUUAUCCAGGGUAAAUCCCACCUAACCUUAUCAGUUUUUCUUACCAUUAUCACUGGAAGACAAGGAAUAGGUAAACAUGUUACGAUACACACCGUUGGAGGAUACUAAAAAGCAUAGCAAACUGAUAAGACAGAGCUCUUGAACGGAUGGGCAGAUCGAUACAAACAUCGACUGUUACGGUAAGUGCAGUAUCGUUCUCCGAAAGAGAAAGAGACGAUACAUUGUUAUCCGCUAACAGAUGCUACCUGGUGGUCGUUUGAGCACACUGCAGCUAGUCCUGGAUAAAUUAACCACUCCUUAGGCCCCUUCUGCACUAAGCCGGCUAAGGUUAUCCAGGGUAAAUCCCACCUAACCUUAUCAGUUUUUCUUACCAUUAUCACUGGAAGACAAGGAAUAGGUAAACAUGUUACGAUAAACACCGUUGGAGGAUACUAAAAAGCAUAGCAAACUGAUAAGACAGAGCUCUUGAACGGGUGGGCAGAUCGAUACAAACAUCGACUGUCACGGUAAGUGCAGUAUCUUUCUCCGAAAGAGAAAGAGACGAUACAUUGUUAUCCGCUAACAGAUGCUACCUGGUGGUCGUUUGAACACACUGCAGCUAGUCCUGGAUAAAUUAACCACUCCUUAGGCCCCUUCUGCACUAAGCCAUCUAAGGUUAUCCAGGGUAAAUCCCACCUAAAUUUAUCAGUUUUUCUUACCAUUUUCACUGGAGGACAAGGAAUAGGUAAACAUGUUACGAUACACACCGUUGGAGGAUACUAAAAAGCAUAGCAAACUGCUAAGACAGAGCUCUUGAACGGGUGGGCAGAUCGAUACAAAUAUCGACUGUCACGGUAAGUGCAGUAUCUUUCUCCGAAAGAGAAAGAGACGAUACAUUGUUAUCCGCUAACAGAUGCUACCUGGUGGUCGUUUGAGCACACUGCAGCUUGUCCUGGAUAAAUUAACCACUCCUUAGGCCCCUUCUGCACUAUGGUUAUCCAGGGUAAAUCCUGCCUAACCUUAUCCGUGUCCACACAGUUUUUCAUACCAUUGUCACUGGAGGACAAGGAAUAGCUAAACAUGUUAACGAUACGCGCCGUUGGAGGAUACUAAAAAGCAUAGCAAACUGAUAAGACAGAGCUCUUGAACGGGUGGGCAGAUCGAUACAAACAUCGACUGUUACGGUAAGUGCAGUAUCGUUCUCCGAAAGAGAAAGAGAUGAUACAUUGUUAUCCGCUAACAGAUGCUACCUGGUCGUCGUUUGAGCACACUGCAGCUAGUCCUGGAUAAAUUAACCACUCCUUAGGCCCCUUCUGCACUAAACCGGCUAAGGUUAUCCAGGGUAAAUCCCACCUGACCUUAUCAGUUUUUCUUACCAUUAUCACUAGAGGACAAGGAAUAGCUAAACAUGUUACAAUACACACCGUUGGAGGAUACUAAAAAGCAUAGCAAACUGCUAAGACAGAGCUCUUGAACGGGUGGGCAGAUCGAUACAAACAUCGACUGUUACGGUAAGUGCAGUAUCGUUCUCCGAAAGAGAAAGAGAUGAUACAUUGUUAUCCGCUAACAGAUGCUACCUGGUCGUCGUUUGAGCACACUGCAGCUAGUCCUGGAUAAAUUAACCACUCCUUAGGCCCCUUCUGCACUAAACCGGCUAAGGUUAUCCAGGGUAAAUCCCACCUGACCUUAUCAGUUUUUCUUACCAUUAUCACUAGAGGACAAGGAAUAGCUAAACAUGUUACAAUACACACCGUUGGAGGAUACUAAAAAGCAUAGCAAACUGCUAAGACAGAGCUCUUGAACGGGUGGGCAGAUCGAUACAAACAUCGACUGUCACGGUAAGUGCAGUAUCUUUCUCCGAAAGAGAAAGAGACGAUACAUUGUUAUCCGCUAACAGAUGCUACCUGGUGGUCGUUUGAGCACACUGCAGCUAGUCCUGGAUAAAUUAACCACUCCUUAGGCCCCUUCUGCACUAAGGUUAUCCAGGGUAAAUCCCACCUAACCUUAUCAGUGUCCACACAGUUUUUCUUACCAUUAUCACUGAAGGACAAGGAAUAGCUAAACAUGUUACGAUACACACCGUUGGAGGAUACUAAAAAGCAUACCAAACUGCUAAGACAGAGCUCUUGAACGGGUGGGCAGAUCGAUACAAACAUCGACUGUUACGGUAAGUGCAGUAUCGUUCUCUGAAAGAGAAAGAGACGAUACAUUGUUAUCCGCUAACAGAUGCUACCUGGUGGUCGUUUGAGCACACUGCAGCUAGUCCUGGAUAAAUUAACCACUCUUUAGGCCCCUUCUGUACUAAGGUUAUCCAGGGUAAAUCCCGACGAACCUUAUCCGUGUCCACACAAUUUUUCAUACCAUUGUCACUGGAGCACAAGGAAUAGCUAAACAUGUUAACGAUACGCGCCGUUGGAGGAUACUAAAAAGCAUAGCAAACUGAUAAGACAGAGCUCUUGAACGGGUGGGCAGAUCGAUACAAACAUCGACUGUUACGGUAAGUGCAGUAUCGUUCUCCGAAAGAGAAAGAGACGAUACAUUGUUAUCCGCUAACAGAUGCUACCUGGUGGUCGUUUGAGCACACUGCAGCUAGUCCUGGAUAAAUUAACCACUCCUUAGGCCCCUUCUACACUAAGGUUAUCCAGGGUAAAUCCCACCUAACCUUAUCCGUGUCCACGCAGUUUUUCUUACCAUUGUCACUGGAGGACAAGGAAUAGCUACACAUGUUAAUGAUACACACCGUUAUAGGAUACUAAAAAGCAUAGCAAACUGCUAAGACAGAGCUCUUGAACGGGUGGGCAGAUCGAUAUAAACAUCGACUGUCACGGUAAGUGCAGUAUCGUUCUCCGAAAGAGAAAGAGACGAUACAUUGUUAUCCGCUAACAGAUGCUACCUGGUGGUCGUUUGAGCACACUGCAGCUAGUCCUGGAUAAAUUAACCACUCCUUAGGCCCCUUCUGCACUAAGGUUAUCCAGGGUAAAUCCCACCUAACCUUAUCAGUGUCCACACAGUUUUUCUUACCAUUAUCACUGGAGGACAAGGAAUAGUCUAAACAUGUUACGAUACACACCAUUGGAGGAUACUAAAAAGCAUACCAAACUGCUAAGACAGAGCUCUUGAACGGGUGGGCAGAUCGAUACAAAUAUCGACUGUCACGGUAAGUGCAUUAUCUUUCUCCGAAAGAGAAAAAGAUUAUGCAUUGUUAUCCGCUAACAGAUGCUAACUGGUGGUCGUUUGAGCACACUGCAGCUAGUCCUGGAUAAAUUAACCACUCCUUAGGCCCCUUCUGCACUAAGGUUAUCCAGGGUAAAUCCCGCCUAACCUUAUCAGUGUCCACACAGUUUUUCUUACCAUUGUCACUGGAGGACAAGGAAUAGGUAAACAUGUUAACGAUACGCGCCGUUGGAGGAUACUAAAAAGCAUAGCAAACUGCUAAGACAGAGCUCUUGAACGGGUGGGCAGAUCGAUACAAACAUCGACUGUCACGGUAAGUGCAGUAUCUUUCUCCGAAAGAGAAAAAGAUUAUGCAUUGUUAUCCGCUAACAGAUGCUACCUGGUGGUCGUUUGAGCACACUGCAGCUAGUCUUGGAUAAAUUAACCACUACUUAGGCCCCUUCUGCACUAAGCCGGCUAAGGUUAUCCAGGGUAAAUCCCACCUAACCUUAUCCUUGUCCACACACCCACAAUGGUCGUUUAAGACCCCCCCCCCUCCGUCCGCUGUACACAUGCGCGGAAAAUGCGCACGUCAGUCACCUCCAGUGUUGCUUUUUGUGCAAGUUCUUAAAUGUAACUUAUCUGAACAAUAUCCAGUGUUGUGGUAUUUCAAUUGACUGUAAUCCAGUGUGCUGCGGGGCCCUAUUGUAGUGAAUCACACCUGAGCCAUCAAGAAUUUAUAAAAUCUUUAUCGGAUUUAUGGAACAUUUAACAAUCAGUCUUGGGAUCUAGAUAUCUGGUCAGGACACUCCUCACUCUUUUGCCUUCACCUUCAUUGUCCAUUCUUUUUUCAUGACUUUAUAUACUCUGGACCUAGACCUUGAGUCCGCGACAUACACGGCGGACAAUAACUGAUACAGUCUGCUUCGCCAGUCCAAAAGAAUUUGCCGUUUUCCGUAGUUUUCCCUUGAUGGCCAAGUAAUACAAAGCACAGCUGCCCUGGACAUUGGAAAGUUCUCUUGAGAAGUGUUGUAUCCCAAAUAGCUGCAAUCACUUUCUCUUAAGAUAUUCAUGUGUGAUUUCCACAAGUGUCUGUACAUGUAGAAGAAGGAGAAACAAGGGCAUGUCUGGAUGACUCGCCUCCAUAUUUCCAGUGGUUAGCUCCGAGUUACGAAACCGCUUUAUUAUAAAGCUGGCUGUGGCGCGUUCUUUCUGACGCCACUUCCUCUCCGAACUCACUUUGUAAACGAUCAAUGAGUCCAUACAAAGCUAAGAGCCGGAGAAUCAAGAAAUACACGGCGCACUUACCCGUGUGAAAAAUUUUUCAAGGAGGGGAACCUUAAACGAUGGUUCAGUGUGGCUGAAACGGGGCUUAGGCUAAAUAAUUAUUUGUUUAAUGAGUUAUCCGGCUUAAUGUAGACAGGGUCUUAGUGUUCAGUCAAAGGAAUGAGGCAAAAACUAAACCAGACCUAGUGGAGAUGACACCAAUAGUAAGACCAUGAAAAAUAAUAUAUGUAUAUAUAAAAAUUGUUUUCAGGAUGUGAAUCGAGCUUUGUGAUUUAUUAGGUUUUUUUCUUAGCACUUUAUCUACAUUAACAUAUUUGGCAUUAUGUUUUUGUGUAUGUACUGUAUGUUGUUAAAUAGAAAGCAUUUAAACUCCGAACCUGAGCCGAUUUAAUUACUGUAAGAAUUUUGCCUUCCCUCCAGCGUUGCCAGACAUGCAAUAUUAUCGUAUUUGUACGAUAAUUUCACCCUCUGUAUCGUCAAUAAUUAAAACAAAACCCAUAAUGUCUGAUUUUUGUAGCCCUUCA